AUCGGGUGCUCGAUUCUCUCUCAACCCAGAGAUAACGGAGACCUCCGUCGAGUUGUCUCUAUAAAGAGCAAGAAACCUCGACGACCGUACCAGUACCAGUAGCGCUCCGUCUGUGUUUCAUUGUCGGUCGGAAGCAACCUCCACGCUCCUAGUACGCAGCAGAUGACGAAGGACGGCGGCAGCGAGACGGGCGGGUGCCUCUGCAUCGGCGCGCCGAUGCGCGCGCUGUCGCGGGCGUGCGACUCCGCCUGCGACCUCUACGUGCGCGGCAUGUCCGGGUGCGCCACCCGCGUGCCGGCGGGGGCAGUCGCGGGCGGCCGCGGCUCCGGCUUUGUCAGAUCGGCCACGACCGUGCACCUGUGGACGAGCUCGGACCGCGCCGACGACCUCAUCCGCGCCGCGUCGACGAAGCAGCGCCGCGUGGCGACGGCCGAUCAGCCGGCGGAUGUCGGGGCAGCAAAGAAGGGCCGCCUUGGCCCGGUGGCGCCGGCGAUCGUGCCGGCUCGGAGGAAGGGGCCGGCGAUGGCGACCAUCGCCGAGAACGGGCCGUGCGACUUCGGCGCCUGCGCGCUGACGCCACCGGAGCUGAGGAGGCGCGCCUCGGCGGUCGGUGGGGUGCGCGCGCCUGGCGGUGGGUUUGUCGCCGUCAUGGCGGCGAGCGAGGCCUUCGCGGCUCGAUCGUGACGCGUGUUUGCAAGAUGACGCGCGUAGCGGCUAUGUACAAAACUAGCUUCUAGAAAGUCCCCAACACACCAGUUUUCUCUCACGUUCUCGUGAUUUCUUCGUCAUGUGUAAACACUUUGACAAGUAGUGCAAAUACUAUUAUGAUCCGCACAGAAUAUAGUGCAGACAUAAUGGCAAAGUCUGUUUUAAACCAUGUCUUUGUAGUGAACUAGUGAUAAUGUGACAUGAACACCAAUCUCCUAAUCCGUGAAAUCAGGAUAAAGGUUGUCAAAAACACGAUUAUAUCAUGUCGUUCUUUAGCUUUAGGAUCUAAAUAUUAAUUGGGGUUAUUUGCGAUCUUGCCAUAUGAUUCUAAUCCGAGUAAGAAUGUGCAAACAUUCUUAUCUGACAAGUU